GUCUGAAGUCUUUAGACAAUUCCCCUAUAAAUACUGAGCAGGGGUUAUGGGUGACACACACCUGAAUGACACUGGACAUGAUGCAGCACUCCUCUCUGACCGAUCGCGAGAGCACUCUCCCCGCAGCUGACGGAUGUUUCCUUAUGUGGCGGGACUACAUGGAUCUCCGCAAGACUCUGUCACAGCUGCUGGAGGAGCAUCGCGAGGAAAGGCAAGCCGUGACUGCGUGUGUGAUCCCCGAGGAGCGAUUCACGAGGACCGGCUCAUCCAGCAGCGCCUCCAGCACUACUUUCUCCUCCUCCAGCCGGGACCACCGGCGGGACACCUGCGGCUUCUGCAUAAAAAACGGAGAGACCGAGGAGGUGUACAUGAGCCAUAGACUGAAAACCCGUGACGGACGGAUCCUCUGCCCGAUCCUGCGGAGUUAUGUGUGUCCUUUCUGCGCGGCCACCGGGGACUGGGCGCACACGCGCCAAUACUGCCCUCGGAGGAACGCUUCGAAGACGAGCAGGAUGUAAACAGAUGGACUCUCUCACACUUUCUUGUUCAUGUUAAGCUGAAAGUCUCUUUUGUAUGUUGUAUGUUUUGAAAAUAUGUUCAGAAACGUUGUUUGCAUAUUAAUAGUUGAACUGUGUUCCAUGGUUGCUUUUAAAAAUAAAGAUAUUUUUAUAGUUUAUCUAAACCCCGUUGUAAUUCUUAUUAUUGCUUUGCAUUUAA